GUGGCAUGAGAGAACAGACUCGCCUGGCAAAUGCGUGAGAGCGGGAUAAGCAAGAGGAUGCGAGCGAAGAUGCCUUUUCGGGCGACUUAUCGUUAGUGAUUAGAGAGCUUACAAACGCCAGAUUUGUAAUGUGCGUACGGACGAUUAACGGACGAAUCCUCGCCAACACGUUAGAUGGCUACGUAGACCGCGACGAAGGUCCGAGAUGUCGAUAUUUGGGUAUAUAAGUCGAGAUAGAUGUCCAUCUCAUCGACGGCAAUGCCCUCAACACCUACCUCUCACCAAUUCAGACCCGUCACCCACGUCAACCGACCUAGCAGGGAAAAUCCACCUAUUUACUUGCCCAGGAUAGUCAAUUCCUCGUGUCAAGAUGCCCUCCUAUCUGAUUACCGGUGCAUCCAGGGGGAUCGGCUUCGAGUUCCUCCGCCAGCUGUCCGAGGACCCGUCUUCGAUCGUCAUCGGGCUGGUCCGCGAUAAGGCGUCGACCGUGAAGAAAGUAGCAUCCGAGCUCGGCGGACGCUCCAACAUCCACAUCCUCCAAGGUGACUUAAUCAACUACGCAUCCCUCAAGAAAGCAGCCGAAGACACAUCGAAGAUAACCGGCGGAAGCCUCGAUUAUCUCAUCGCCAACGGCGCCGUGGUCUCCUCGAAUCUCUCAACCCAUAGCACACUCUUUAAAUUGGGCGAUAAUCCCAAGGCUCUCGAGGACGACCUUCGCCUUUUCUACGAUACUAACGUUGUCGCCAACAUCCAUCUGUUCAACCUAUUCAUCCCGCUCAUCCGGCGCGGUUCCGUCAAGAAGGUCAUCGCUAUAUCGACGGGGAUGGCUGAUGUCGACCUCGUCACCAAGUUUGAUAUCGCUACCGCUGCCCCUUAUGCUUUGAGCAAGGUCGGGCUGAACCUCGUCGUCGCCAAAUAUAGCGCCGAGUUCCGGAGCGAGGGCAUCCUCUUCAUGAGCAUCUCGCCUGGGCUAGUGAACACAAGUCACAACGAUGUUACACAGAUGACGGACGAGCAGCGCCAGAGUUUCGGCGCGAUGGCGGCCAAGUUUGCGACCUACGCCCCGAACUUCAAGGGGGGGAUUACGACAGAGGAGUCAGUUAACCUCGUUCUGAAGGUUAUUAAUAAUGCCAGCGUCGAGCGUGGGGAUGGGGGAUCUUUCGUUUCCCAGUUUGGCAACAGGCAGUGGCUCUAGGGCUCGGCGCCGGUACUGAUGGGUGCCACACAACCGAGACGGGGUGUCAUGUAAGAAUCUGCCGUGAAAAAUAGCCCCGUAUUUCAAAUCACUCUCCACAAGCUACGAAAACGUGCCCUAAGACGUAAAGCGGGAGGUGAUCACAUACCUAUAACCACUGGAGAGGAGUUAAAACACAAAUAUUACCUGCGUAUUUGUCUAUAUGAUAUGUCUAAGUCCUCAUAUAGCGAUUAUAUGCAUAUAUCCUAGAU